AUUAUAAACUCGUCUAAACGUAAAGUCAAUCGCCCUGCCUCCUACAGCUCAAUCUACACUUCAAAUGAACCAUGCUUUGUGAUGUCAGUGACGAUAUUUCAGCAGGAGCUUUGGCUUUUUUUGGACAUUUAGCCUGUGCCACAUUUUGAAAGAAAUUCAAUCGGACAUCGCUGUGACACUGGUUCAUGGAGGAUGCAAGGAGGAUCAUUGCAUUCGAAUGGCUGACAGGUCAGUAGCUGACAAGCUUUGCAGUGCCUCGGCCAGGGGAAACCUACCUGAAGUGUUGUUUUUGCUGCAAAAUGGAGCAGAUGUUAAUGGAUUUAAUACAUUCAACAGAACUGCACUGCAGGUGGUGAAGUUGGGGAACACCGCCGUGGUUGAGGCUCUUCUCUUGGUAGGGGCAGACAUCAACGUACGCGACCCGGCCUGUGGCCUGACCGUGACCCACGACGCAGCGCGUGAGGGAUUCAUUGAUUCUGUGCGCGUGCUGGUGGACCGCGGGGCAGAUACGAACAUCGUGGAUGAGCAGGGUAACCUGCCUCUUCACCUGGCAGCCAGGGAGGGCCAUCUGGAGGUGGUCCAGCUGCUGAUCGGACGCACCGCGAACCCCCAAACGCGCAACGGUCUGGGUUACACAGCCAGGCAGCUCGCGUUCCUCAACGGGAGGAUGGACACUGUCAAAUACAUCGACGAGUAUUUGAGCUCACAGUAGAGGAGGAAGAGGAUGAAGACAAAGGCUUCUUUUGCUUCUGCCAGUCUACUCAUGUCUUUUUGCAGAUAGGCUACUUUAACCCUUCGUUUGUUAUAGGCAUUUCUCUUAUGUACAUGUACAUGCUGUUUGGUUACCCAAAGAAGAGACCAAGCACAUGUUAAUAAAUGCCAAAAUAAAAAAGACAAUAACACUGA